AUGGCCGCUACUCCUGGAUUGUCUUCCUUUGUGAAAUCUCUCAAGCACGCGGAUGUCGAGACUUCGAUCGAACACUUCAUCUCUCUUUUGAAAAGACGCCAGAUCAGGAACUCCAGACCGUGUGCUAUUGCAACAACUCAGCUCUUGCUCCGUAUUGUCGCUGCUUCGAAGACCAGAGAUGCCAGCUCUCUAAUUGAGCGAGUGCGCAAGGUUGGGCAGCGUUUGAUCGCUGCCCAGCCUCGUGAGAUGGCAGUUGGCAACAUCGUACGCCGCGUCCUUGGUCUGAUCAGAGAAGUUGAGGAGACUGGUCUGGAUGCCGGUGCCUUUAGCGAGGCCGAACAAAGCGAUGAACCCCACGAAACUCACAACAACUCAUUGCACAGACCCGUCAUGAACUCUCACAUCUCAGCCUUCAGCCCGCUAAACCACAGCGCUUCUGGUCCAUCUAACGUGAAUCUGAGGCAGGAGAGCCCUUCUCCUGCGGAUUUCAACGACAGCAUGGGAGGCCACAGACCCCCGCUUCUUACUUCCCACACUUCCUACGCCACUGGUCCCCAGGUAACCUCACUGUUCGGCCUGCUGUCACAUCCAGAUGAGCCUUCUCCGGCGGUGACUCCACCAGCAGGUGCUCAAUCGCCCGUCUCGAAAGGAGGUUUGCGUCUAGGCAGCAUCCCCGAGUCAGCACAAACGAAGAUGGACGUGAAAGCCGAAGUCAUUGACGGAAUCAAGGAGCUCGUCGACGAACUAGACAUUGUGGACGACCAAAUCGCUGCAUCAGCCCUCGAGCACAUCCACGCCAACGAAAUCAUCCUCACCCACACUUCCUCGCAGACGGUCCAAAAGUUCCUCAUCGCAGCAGCCCGCAAGAGAAAAUUCACCGUUAUCCACGCUGAAGCCUACCCCAACGAUCACGUCGACACACACGCGACCAUCUUGACCGGCGGCAAAAAGGGCGAUGACGACGACGAGGAAGCCGAUGAGCGAUGGAAGCCUUUGAUCUCCAUGGGCAUCCAAGUCAUCAUGAUCCCAGACUCUGCCGUGUUUGCACUCAUGUCGCGCGUCAACAAGGUCAUUCUCGCCCCUCACACCGUGCUUGCCAAUGGCGGGCUAAUCGCAGCAACCGGUGCGCUUACCAUCGCUCAAGCGGCCAAAGUACAUCAAACACCCGUUGUUGUGGUCAGUGGUGUGUACAAGCUGAGCCCUGUGUACCCCUUUGACAUGGAAGAAUUGGUCGAGUACGGUGACCCGGGCAAGGUUAUUGAUUUCCAGCAGGGCGAUUUGGUGGAGAGUGUUGAUGUCAACAAUCCCAUCUACGAUUACGUCAGUGCCGACCUUGUGGAUUUGUACAUCACCAAUCUUGGAGGUCACGCACCCAGUUAUCUUUACAGGAUCGUUGCGGAUCAUUAUCGUGUAGACGAUAUCAACCUCUCGUAA